CCUGUGCCCCGUUCACACGCGGUGGCACCGAGCCCCGGUGGGGACCGAGCCCCGACCAUGGCGCUGCCUCCGCCGCCCGCUUGAGCGGAGCCAUCGGCACGGAGCGGUCGGGUCCGACCCCGAGCGGGCCAUGGCAGACCUAACAACUCCUUCAGCCUGGACCAGUCUCACCAACAGCUCCUUGGACCCAAGUGUCAUAGAUGACAACGUCUACAAGUGCAUAUUUGAUGAGGACUUCAAGUAUGUCCUGCUGCCCGUCUCCUAUGGCAUCGUGUUCGUGGUGGGGCUCUGUCUCAACCUGCUGUCCCUCUACCUCUUCAUCUUCAGGAUCAAGACCUGGAACGCCUCCACCACAUACAUGUUUAACCUGGCCAUAUCCGACACACUCUACGUGGUCUCCUUGCCCCUUUUGGUGUAUUAUUAUGCCAUGGGAGACAACUGGCCCUUCAGCGUGGGCUUGUGUAAGAUAGUCCGCUUCUUGUUUUACACCAACCUGUACUGCAGCAUCCUCUUCCUCCUCUGCAUCAGCAUCCAUCGCUUCCUGGGCAUCUGCUUCCCAUUGAAGUCACUGCAGUGGGGCCACGUCCGCUACGCCCGGAGGGUGUCAGUCAUAGUGUGGGUUGUGACUGUUGUGUGUCAGUCACCCGUGCUCUUCUUCGUCACCACCAGUGUGAAGCGUGACACCAUCACCUGCCAUGACACCUCCAGCAAAGACCUCUUUGGCCAGUUCGUCAUCUACAGUUCGGUGAUGCUGGUGCUGCUCUUCUGCAUCCCGUUCCUCAUCAUCAUCAUCUGCUACUGCCUCAUGGCCCGGAGGCUGCUGCAGCCCACACGGGGGAUGUCCCGUUUGUCCCGAUCCAAGAAGAAGUCGGUCAAGAUGAUAAUCAUUGUCCUGAUGGUCUUCAUCGUUUGCUUUCUUCCUUUCCAUGUCACUCGUACCUUGUACUACUCCUUCCGGAGCUGGGACUUGAGCUGUCAGACCCUCAAUGCCAUCAAUUUAGCCUAUAAGUUGACUCGUCCCCUUGCUAGCACCAAUAGCUGCCUGGAUCCCAUAUUGUAUUUCUUAGCAGGACAACGAUUCAUGAGGUUCACAGGCAGCAGGAUGCCAGGGAAGCCUUCGAAUGAGAUGGCAUUGGGCAUCAUGCCCAACAGUCACCUGGAAACCAGCAACGACACAGACACGUUGUCCAAGGAUGUGAAAUCCUAGCUGUGCUCCAGCAUAACCAGCACCAUCCCCAGUUCAUCCCAGUGGAGGGAAGGUCAGGGCCCAAUGGUUUUGAUGGUUGUGGUGCCUUGGCUUUGACACACUUCAGCUGUGUUCAAACACACUCCUCUGCUCGUUGCUGUUCCAAUUGUACUCCUUCAGGAAGCUGCUGCUGUGGUUGCACACACAAACCCCACAUCACCCUCUUCAUCCGAGCCUGCCUCUGUGUCCAACACUCAAUAGCAUCUCUCCAUCAGUGAGGCUUGGUGACCUCUAUCAGGGUGACCAAAUCUGCUCCAAGUUAAUCACUUCCUGAAUGUCUUAGAUGCCAAAGGUCCCUCCAAAGGAACCCAUCUGCCUGUCUCCAGAUUCCCUGGCACAGAGGCUGCAGGGAAUCUGUGCCUUGGCAAAGGGGCAAAGGCUUUCGGUUGAUGAAAGGAGGCAGCUGAGGUUCUGCUAAACAGGUCCAAGUCAAGUGCAAAUGCAAUGGGAAAGGGUCACUCACAGCUUUGUGCCCUUGGAGAAAUGCUUUCUCACCUUCAAGCUUUGGCAUCUGCUGGCAGAGCAAGGAGGGGACUCCUAGUUCCUAUCCAAGGGCUGCCUUCCCAUUGCGAAGGGUGCUGCUGGACCUUCCAUCCCACUGGAGUUUACUGGUAGCAUCAAGCAGGUCCCUCGUAGGUCUCUCCAGUGGGGUCAACAUCAUCCAAAAGACCCAUUAGUGCUUCCCAACAGCAACAUUCACCCUUGAAAAGCUUUUAGGGGCCUGUAGCUUCCUUUUAGCUGCUGACUUCAAUGAUCAUCUCCAGCUCAUAAAGAUGUAGGGUGAGUUCUUCAUGCCUUGUUCUUAACCCCCUUACUACUGACUCAAAGAAGCAAAGACCAUUGGUCACCCCCUUGGCUGAUGCUGCCACAUCCUUAUAGCUAGAGGUGACAGCCCUCUGUGACCUUUAGCAGCUUGGUGGGACCCAAAAUGCUGCCCAGAUGCCGCUGUCUGUCCUCCCAGUAAUCCCAGUGCUCCACUGGAGCCAGUCAGCAUAACCCUUACUGAUAGUGUUGACCUUCCCUGGGGUAGGGACCCAUGCCAAUAAGCAUGGUGCUAAGCUUAAGCCCAGUCCUGUCUGGAAU